GUUUAACCGGAAGUAAACAAAGAACUAAUUUUACCUGUCGUAAAUAAAACCGAAAGUAGAAUUUUACCUGUCAGUGAUUUUUCUUGAAAGCCAUCAUUUAAGUGAAAAAAACACGAGACAGAGAGGUUAUGAGAUCUUGGCGCUCUAGGAUCGUGGGAGCUGUGUUCCUUGUAGUAAUGGCAGGAGUCGUGUUCCUGUACCAGACCAUGCCUAAACCAGAACUGAAUCGCGCCUUCCGGCCGAGAAACACAAAUAAGUCUUUACUCGCCAAAGUAAUACACAAGGAUCAGUAUGAAAUAACGACACAAAUGCUUGUCAAAAAUAAGGAGAAACCCGGAAAAGCCGUGACGCAUUUGUUCCGCAAAACAGACUUGCCUCAAAGACCACUUUUUAACAUCGGUCAAAUUCCAGCACAUUCAGAAUCUUUCGAUGACGCUACUCCUGAAAAAACGGACAAGUCCGAAUCUGGAAGAAGGGAUGAUACAAUAUCCAAGCUAAGAAAUCUUGCCACGAGUGACUCAUUUCCAUCUGGGCGAUCUUUGAGUCCGCGCAUGCGCAUUCUUUGUCUGAUUCUGACUUCCGUUUCCGUUGAUGGUAUCACGAAAAUGACUGCUGUGAACGAGACAUGGAGUCUUCGAUGUGACCGGCGACUCUUCUUGUAUUCUAACUCGUCCGAGGCUCCUCAUUCCCAGUAUACUCUUCAACUUCCGGUUCACGAGGGGCGUUCCCACUUGACCGCCAAAAUUAGGCUUGCACUAUUUAUAGCUUACAACACAUUCGGCGACGCAUUUGAUUGGAUACUGAAAGCUGACGAUGAUACCUACGUCAUAAUGGAGAACUUACGUCAUCUUCUGGCUAAGGAAGACCCCACACAGCCUGUGUAUAUGGGUUUCCAAAUGAAGCCACACAACGCGCGCGGAUACAUGAGCGGAGGUGCUGGUUACGUCAUCAGUUCUCGUGCCCUUCAUGACCUAGUUACCACCGGUUUCCAAAGUGACGCUUGUGCCAAGGACGGGCCUAAUGAAGACGUGGAUAUCGGGAAAUGCUUGGAGGUGUCAGGCGUUCCCAUCCGGAGUUCACUCGACCUUGACGGCAAGGAGAUGUUCCAUCCGGAAAGCAUCUACAAACAUCUAAAAGACACGGGUUCCUGGCUGCAGGAGUAUGCAUGGAACCAACACAUCACUGGUAAAGACUGCUGUAGUCCGUACUCCGUGAGCUUCCACAAAGUGCAGCCCAGGGAUAUGUACAUUAUCGACUAUCUCCUGUACAAUAUUCGCGUCUUCAACGAAACAAACCCACAGAGGUGACGUUAACUUGCAAUCAUCCAGAAUGACGUCACGAUAAUCCGAAAGACAUUAUAACAAGUGAUGCCGCAUCCAGAGCAAAACACGGUCGAACAGUCAGUAGCGGUGAACAAACAUUUAUGUAUUAGGGGGAUAACAAAUACUCAGCCAGUGACGUCACACAAAUCGCGAAAAUAUGUAACAAAAAGAUCUACAGUGGAAUCAAAAGUGGUGACGUGCGCUACGCGGUUUUAAGGGUUGUCAAAAUACAAAUAUGUGUUCAACAAUAGAAGGACAGGAGUUCUAAGUGUUACCAAAUAAAAGCGCCAUUUAAAGAAAUAUAAGCUACAUGUAAACUACAUAAAGUACAAAAAGUAGUCCGGCAAAUUAAUACACGAUGGGGUGGCAGGGAGUGAAAAAAAUUGAUGUCAGUGACAGAAUCUGCGACCAUUUUACAUAAGUUUUCAAUAAUUCACUGUUAUUAGAAAAAAUAAAGUCUAAUCAGUGUCAGAAAUGUUCUGGUUUUUCAAGGUUUGAAUGCAAAAAGACAGUUUUACGGUGCACUAUUUUCUUAAUAUUUACGUUUGUUUGCCGAACCCUACCGACAAUAGUGCAAUACUCUUAUGGCGUGUUUACAAUGAUUUUUGCAUAAAUUAGACCUCCAACUUAUGGGAAAAUGUGAGAUUGAUUGACAAAUGCAUUGGACACAGAAAGAGUGAUUCUUUUCUCAAAAUAAAUAAGUUCUCGGCGAUGUUAGAGUUUCAGACAAAAAUGAAACGUGGGGGCAUCCUGGUCAAUGUCUUGUUUUCAGGGAAUAACCAUUGAUCAAUUUGUUUAGAAAUGCUGUACAUAUUUAAUACAGAAUAUACAAUUA